AGUGGGGUCUCGCGUCUCACAGUCAGCUCGAGCGCCACGACGGACGCACGCAUUCGCUUGGAAUAUCUCGCGCGGCACAGAGUACUUUGUUUUGAGAGCUAACAGGGACUACGUAAAGUUUAUUAGUGAUCGUGAAAGUUUUUCUCCAAAUGGUGGUACUUGAAGACGGAGGAAUGAUGACUAGCAAUCCUAACCAAUACCUUCAGCCUGACUACUUAUCACCACUUCCAUCAUCUUUGGAUUCAAAGAAGAGCCCACUUGCGCUCUUAGCGCAAACCUGCAGUCAAAUAGGAGCCGAUACGAUGUCUUCGAAGCCGCUUCUUGCUUCUGUUGACAAGAAAAAAUCAGUGAACAGUGUUAAUAGUGAAUCCCUUAGUCGUUCUUCACCAAAUUCCUCAAAAAUAGACAAGCCUCGCGCGACCCCGGAGAAUAAACAUUUGGCGUUCAAACCCUAUGAAAAUACGGUUGUGACCAAGAAACCGGAUGAUACUCGGCCCUCUUCCAAGGCUAGUUUGGACAGCCAGGAUGACAAAAAAUCUGGAAAAAGCACGCCCGGUCGUAAAUCAACCACUCCAACUAGAGAAACUGGAAAACAUAGUCCGGCAAGUGAACAGAAGUCAUCGCCUGCUGGCUCGAGUUCUGGGACGAGUCCUAUCAUCAGAUCUGGGUUAGAAGUUUUGGGACACGGGAAAGAUCAUCUGGGUGCUUUUAAAAAUCUACACGGUCUGGCCGGAUUCAACCCUUUAACUGGACUUUGUUGUCCUCCAGGAAUGGAACAACACGCUAAUCCAGCCUUUCGACCACCGUACGCCGGGGCUCCAUUUAGUGCUCACCAUGCCGCAAUGCUGGCGGCUGCAGCAGCAUUUCCGGGAUCUUCACCCAACCCUUAUCUCGGCUACGCUCGCGUUAAAACGCCAGCCGGCGGUGAAACAUUAGUUCCAGUCUGCAAGGACCCCUAUUGCACUGGAUGUCAAUUCUCAGUAAACAACCACCACUUAUUAAUGAGCAACGGAUCCUGUCCAGCCGGAUGCACUCAGUGUGAACACCAAAAAUAUAAUUUGGCGAUGGCCAUGGCUCUAUCGCAACAAGGCCCUGGUGGUAUUCCAUACCCGCAAGUUACCCGCCCUUAUGUGUGUAACUGGAUCGUCGGCGAAUCUUACUGUGGCAAGAGAUUCGGAAACUCGGAAGAACUUCUUCAACACCUGAGAAGUCACACAGCUGACGGGUCGACUCCGGCGUCGUCGGCUUCAUCGCAGCCUUCGUUGUUGAACCCUUUAAACCCACUGUUUACAACCGCCGGCUUGAGGAGCGCCUACCCGACGGCUCCUUUAAGUCCGCUCUCAGCGAGCCGAUACCACCCUUACUCUAAGGCUGGUCUCCCCGCAAGUCUAGGAUCAUCGCCGUAUGGAGCGUUCAAUCCAGCACUAGGUCCGUUUUACUCUCCCUAUGCAAUGUACGGCCAAAGACUCGGAGCGGCUGCAGUGCACCAGUAAAUAAGUGUCGAGUGAUGUUCUAUGUCGACGAUUCGGAUGGACAUGUUAAUUGUUGUAUUGUCCAAUUUUCUUCUGUGAUAUCAAUAGACUCUAAUUUAAUAAGGCGGUCCGCGCCAUGACAAAGUUAGUGAAUAGUGCAAUUUAAUUGUAAGAAGUAUUUAAGCAAACUUGUCAAGUUUGUGGCGACGCGGGUGUUGAGACUUUUUUAAAGACU